AGAGCCCUCUACAGGGAUGUCAUGCAGGAGAACUACGAGACGGUGACCUCGCUGGGAUUUCCCGUUCCCAAACCUGAGCUUAUCGCCCGGCUGGAACGAGGGGAAGAGCUGUGGGUGUCCGAUCUCCAGGAUUUGAAGGACAGAAGGCUUGUGAGAUGCACCAGCACAGCAGGUGCUGAGCGAGGGAGUGAGAACAAGGAGGGGAAUCAUCACGAGGCAGUUCCUGAGGAAGUGGAACCACAGGGGACCUUUUUGGGAAGAGCUGAAGGGAAUUUUUCCCAUUGCUGGAAUCAGGGAGAAGCCUGGGGAAAUUGGCACAGGUCAGAGAGGCUUCUGAUAAACCAGCCCAGGAAGAAAGUGGAUGAAUCUAUUAAUGGUGGGGGAGGAGACGAGAAUCCCAGAGAGCAGCAGACAAAUCCCAAGGAAGAGACACCCUGGCACUGCCUUGAGUGUGGGAAAGGAUUCAUUGUGAGAUCACAACUUGUUACACAUCAGACAGUUCAUACGGGAGAGAAACCAUUUCAGUGUUUGGACAGUGGGGAAAGCUUCAGUAAGCACACAGAUCUUAAUAACCAUGGGAGAAGGCACACUGUAGACAAGCCCAUUCAAUGCGUUGAAUGCGGGAAAUGUUUCAGUUCAAAGUCAGCACUAAAUUCACAUGAGAAAAGCCACACAGGAGAGAGACCCCAGAAGUGCUUGGACUGUGGGAAAAGUUUCACAUGGAGGAGGGCGCUUGUUAGACAUCAGAAAAUCCAUACAGGAGAGAGACCCCACAAGUGCUUGGACUGUGGGAAAAGUUUCACAUGGAGGUCGGCGCUUGUUAAACAUCAGGUAAUCCACACAGGAAAGAGACCCCACAAGUGCUUGGACUGUGGGAAAAGUUUCAUAAGAAAGUCAAACCUUAUUCAACAUCAGGCAAUCCACACAGGAGAGAGAGCCCACAAGUGCUUUGACUGUGGGAAAAGUUUCAUGCAGAGGUCACACCUUGUUCAACAUCAGGCAAUCCACAAAGGAGAGAGACCCCACAAGUGCUUGGACUGUGGGAAAAGUUUCAAGCAGAGGUCAUACCUUGUUAAUCAUCAGGCAAUCCACAAAGGAGAGAGACCCCACAAGUGCUUGGACUGUGGGAAAAGUUUCAUGCUGAGGUCACACCUUGUUCAUCAUCAGGCAAUCCACAAAGGAGAGAGACCCCACAAGUGCUUGGAUUGUGGGAAAAGUUUCAUAAGAAAGUCACACCUUGUUCAACAUCAGGCAGUCCACACAGGAGAGAGACCCCACAAGUGCUUGGACUGUGGGAAAAGUUUCACAUGGAGACCGGCGCUGGUGAAGCAUCAGAGAAUCCACACAGGAGAGUGACUCUAUAAGUGCUUGGACUGUGGGAAAAGUUUCACAUGGAGAUCAGAUCUCGUUCAACAUGGAAGAAUCUACACAAGAGAGAGACCCCCACAAGAGCUUAGACUGUGGGAAAAGUUUCAGACACAGAUCAUACCUCAUUAAAAAUGGGAGAAUCCACACAGGAUGGACGUGGUCCACUCCCAAUGACUGAUGAGGAGGGGUCAAUACCAACAAAGGGAAAAUUGCUUUUGUAGUGAGCCAGCCACUCCCAGUCCCUAUUCAGGCCCAAAUUGAUGGUGUUAAGUGUGCAAAUGAAUUGUAGCUCUGGAGUUUCUCUCUGAAGUCAGUUUUUGAAGUUUU